AUUGAAAUAGCAAUAAAAGUGACGCUCAAUUAAAAACACGAUAUUGUUUAAGAAAUUUCUUCAUUAUUCCGAGAACAAUGAAUGACCGUAAAACAUGAGUGUUCUUAAACUAAAUAUUCGUGAACAAACAAAUGUACACCCUUAGAGUAGCAGCUUCAUUUUUUAUAUUAUUCACAAUAAAAGCGGUGUCAACAAAAUGGCCGGAGCCAGAGGACGACAAGUUGAUAUUCAUUGCGAAUCCGAUAGAAGCUGAUAUGCCGGGACAUUGGAUGCCUUUAAGUGUUGUGAAAAUUAUACUUGAGGGCUCGACAAAAAUGCCCUUAACUACAACUAGGAAAAAGCAUAAGUUAAAAUUAAAAAUAGCCACUACAAGUAUGACCACUACCACUGAAGCACCUUCAACUACGACAGAAGCUUGCACUUCAACCACUCCUACAACCACAACUACUCCCACAACUACAACUACUCCUACAACUACAACUAUUCCCACAACUACAACCACUCCGACAACUACAACUACUCCCACAACUACAACUACUCCUACAACUACAACCACUCCCACAACUACAACCACUUCGACAACUACAACCACUCCAACAACUACAACCACUCCCACAACUACAACCACUCCCACAACUACAACCACUCCAACAACUACAACUACUCCUACAACUACAACUACUCCCACAACUACAACCACUCCCACAACUACAACCACUCCGACAACUACAACCACUCCAACAACUACAACCACUCCGACAACUACAACCACUCCGACAACUACAACCACUCCGACAACUACAACCACCCCGACAACCACAACUACGACAACAACGAAGCCGCCUCGGAGAACACCACCACGAAGAAUUAAACCUGCUACUGAUGCACACGAGAAUUUGAAUGCAUAAAAUCAUAGUGUUGCCUGGAUGACAUUGCUUAGUAACGAUAAGGCCGCCAGUUACAAUAAUUUAAAUCAAAUUAUGAAACUAGA